AUGCCUCACGCGUACCCUUCGCCCAUCAGACCUCCAUUUUUGGUCGUCGUCACCGGCGCCAACGGCUUCAUCGCCUCUCAUACCAUUCAAAAGCUUCUGGCCAGGGGGUUUCGAGUCGUGGGGACCGUUCGCUCUCAGUCUAAAGCCGACACUGUUCAGAAUACCCAUCGAGCUCUAAACCCGCAAACCGUUCACCUUCUUGAAACCGUCGUCAUCAGCGACAUGACACAUCCUGAUGCCUACACCCUAUUGUUUGAGGAGAAACAACCAGCUGCGGUUCUCCACCUCGCCAGUCCCUUUGCGUACUCUGUCGCAAGCUUUGAACAAGAUCUGAUGAAGCCCGCCGUGAGAGGGACCGAGGCCAUCUUGAAUGCAGCAGCCAAAACCCCUUCUGUGCAGCGCGUCAUCCACACCAACAGCUUUGCCUGUAUCUACGAUGCCAGCCUUGGCCCCCGUCCUGGGUACACCUACACUUCCAAAGACUGGUGUCCCUUGACCUACAAAGACGGAGUUGAUGCCCCAAAUGCCCCCGUGGCGUACCGCGCCAGUAAGGCCGUGGCCGAAAAGACUGCUUGGGAUUUUAUCCACAACCAACCACACAGCCACUUCGACUUGGUCAGUCUAUGUCCCGCCAUGGUGUUUGGUCCCUUCCUCGACACCGAAUUCUCCCUGCCAGCAUCGCCCGCCGAGCUCAACACGAGCAAUCAAUUGGUCUGGGACGUUGUUUCGGCUGGUGAGAACGCCCCUGUCCCACCCACAAAGGGUCCUGUGUGGGUGGACGUGCGCGACGUCGCCGAGGCCCAUGUUAGCGCUCUGAUGGAUUCCACCCUGGGUGGCCGCCGUAUGCUGCUCGCUCGAGGUGUCUACUGCAGCCAGGAGAUAGCCGAUGUGGCUCGCAGCGUUGCCAGCAAACACUCUGCUCGGAUUCCUCUCGGCAACCCUGGUCAGAGAGACGCAGCCUCUCAUUUUGCCGUCGACUCGACCGAGGAGGCUCAUGAUCUGGGUAUCAAGUGGAGAGGAUUAGAUGAGACCUUGACCGAUCUUCUCCCUCAACUAUAUCGCAUUGAACAAGCCGCUGAGGCCCGCGACUAA